AUGGCAUCAGUCUCAACAGCGAAUCUAUUUGAGGUCUCGGAAGACAAAGCCAGCUCAUUCUUGCUAGGAGCAGAAGACAGAAUCAAAGCAUUAGAACAAGAGUUGUUCAAUCUAAAGCAAUCGAGAUCAGUCUUCGAUGGAGUAUACAUGCCACUGAGGCAACCAGCAGGAUCAGCUGCAAAGCCAGCACAGUCUGAGAGGGCACCCGAACAGCAGAAGCCUCAGGCGGAGCCAGAGAAGGCCACUGAGAGCGUGCCGAGUUCAUCUACACCAGUAGUCACAAACCCAGUUCCAGAGCAUGUCCUACACCCAUGCAUCUAUCUAGGGAGCAACCUCCACACCCAACAUCUAUACAGUUGCCUCUUUCCUCCACCCUAA